AUGACGCCGAAAUAUGUCUGGAGUGCGCUCCACAGCUUCAUCCUGACCGGUGUUUGGAAAAUUGGACCAGAGUCCAUCGCAGAGAGUGUCAUUCGGGAGGAUUUCUCUCGACCUUGUGACGAGUCGGAGGACCACGGGUCUGUAUCCGUCUCCGCUUACACGUCGUUCAUUCAGAACUUUCUCGCCAAGGCAGGCUUCAGGCUUCCCGACAACCAAGACGAUCCCGAAUUCAAGAUGGAAGUGAUCUCAAGUUGCCUCGCGCUCGGAUUGCCGCCGGAGAGAACAAAAGCACUCGCUGGAGUCGGGAUCGACGCUGCAAAAUGGUUCUACCCGGACCACAGCAGGAAGCUUCAGCUCCUGAUCGCCAAAUUUACGGGAAUGACCACCAUGAUCGAUGAUUUAGGAAUAUUGUUCCCCGAUGCCCUAGCAAACUACCGCACGCGAUUGUUGAACGGCCAGCCCCAAGAUACGCCAAUCUUGCAGGCGCUUCUGGAGAUCAUCCGCGAGCUAGACUCGUACUUUGGCACGUUCGAUGUCGACAUGAUCUUGAAGGUCACACUCGAGUUCCUCAGCGCGAACCUGAUCGAGUUCAAAAGGCAGGCGGACCUGCGUCCUACAGUGAAUUCUCCCGGUUACACGACCUACUUUCGCCUCAAGAGUGGAGUCGCCGAGGCAUUUGCAUGUUUCAUCUUCCCCCUCGACCGCAGUGCCGCAAGUCCAACUGCACACAGCGUUGCGCACCUGCCCAUGAUUCCCGACUUGGUCACCUUCAUGAACGAAGCGAAUGACAUCCUGUCCUUCUACAAGGAGUCGCUCGUUGGCACCGAGCGCGAUAACGCCAUCCAUAUGCACGCGAGGCUUCACGGGCUUUCGUUGUCUGGUGCGCUGGAGGUGUAUGAGAAGUCGGUGCUGGGUUGCAUGAGCCGUCUUCGCGGAUUUUCCGUAGCCGAGGGAGUGGAGAGCCAGGUCGAGCAGUUUCUUCAGGGCUAUUUCGCGUUUCAUAUGAUGUGCCCGCGGUACAGGCUGAAGGAGUUGGAUUUCUGGCAGAGCCAGAUCGAGCGCCAGUAGUAAUUCAAGUGUAGAUAAGUACUUGGUAGAGCGUUGGGCCGUUUGGCCUCUGUGCGAUCAAAUCGUCACACGUGCUUCAGCGGGACAGCCUUUGAAAUCACAACCGAGUACUUU